AUGAAUGUAGUGGCAAAGAGACCAGGAAAUGGAUUUGCUUCAACGCUCCUGGUCAACAAUGACAAGAAUCAGAUCAAUCCUACUUAUGAGUUCUACCAUACAAAAGUCAUCUUCAGAGUCAAUGAACAUAGGGUCAUUAAGCGGUGGGAUUUCUGGACAAGAUACCCAGGCCAGCUCAUUUUUGAAAACAACACAGUUUUGAGGGUAGUUUCUCAAAAGAUCCAUGAAGGCCAAGGUUUCACUGUGGAUCUCUUCAAUUAUUGCCAAACAGCUCAGGCUUUGCUACUGGCCACUUGGCUGGUGUCAAAAUUCAAGGAAGAGAUGGAAUACUUGGAUUUGACGAGUACACAGUGCAACUUGCUGCCUGGUUUGCAAGUUUGUCCUUCUCACUGCAACACAUAUAAAAGAAUAUGCAACAAUCCAACUAACAUGUAUGAAAAUAAUCCAAAUGAACCUUCUGACCUUGCGUACAAUAUUUUCAUGAUUGAAGAGCAUUUGGAGGGUACCAGCAUCAACCAUUGA